AUUCGGCUCUUUGGCUCCGCCCCUGAGGCUCUCCUACUCAGUCAUUGGUCAGAGGGCUGCGGCCUCUGGACUGCCAGUGGCGGAGCUUAACUGGAGCCGGUCCAGGUUGGGCAUCUUUGCGCGAGUAAGCAGAGCUCAGCGUGGGGAGCGAACCCAGGCCGGGUAACAGAGGAACCGAUGAUGUGGCGAUGGUCGCUUCUGUUGCUUCUCUUACUGCAGAGGCACUGGGCCCUCGGGAAGCCAUCCCCUGAUGCAGGACCUCAUAGCCAGGGUAGGGUGCAUCAAGGAACCCCCCUGAGUGAGGCCCCCCACGAUGACAUCCACGGGAAUUUCCAGUACGACCAUGAGGCGUUCCUGGGACGAGACGUGGCCAAGGAAUUUGACCAACUCAGCCCAGAGGAAAGCCAGGCCCGACUUGGGCGGAUUGUAGACCGCAUGGACCUUGCUGGAGACAGCGAUGGCUGGGUGUCCUUAGCUGAGCUCCGCGCGUGGAUCGCACACACACAGCAGCGGCACAUACGUGACUCGGUGAGCGCAGCCUGGCACACCUACGACACGGACCGCGAUGGGCGCGUGGGCUGGGAGGAGUUGCGCAAUGCCACCUAUGGCCAUUAUGAGCCCGGGGAGGAAUUUCAUGAUGUGGAGGAUGCUGAGACCUACAAGAAGAUGCUGGCUCGGGAUGAGCGGCGAUUCCGGGUAGCUGACCAAGAUGGAGACUCCAUGGCUACUCGGGAAGAACUGACAGCCUUUCUGCAUCCUGAGGAGUUCCCUCACAUGCGGGACAUCGUAGUGGCAGAGACCCUGGAGGACAUUGACAAGAACAAAGAUGGCUACAUACAGGUGGAAGAGUACAUCGCGGACCUGUACUCUGAGGAGCCUGGGGAGGAGGAACCUGCCUGGGUGGAGACAGAGCGGCAGCAGUUCCGAGACUUCCGGGAUCUGAACAAGGAUGGGCGGCUGGAUGGCAGUGAAGUCGGUUACUGGGUGCUACCUCCGUCCCAGGACCAGCCCCUGGUGGAGGCCAACCACCUGCUGCAUGAGAGCGACACAGACAAGGAUGGCCGGCUGAGCAAAGCUGAGAUCCUGAGCAACUGGAACAUGUUUGUGGGCAGCCAGGCCACUAACUACGGUGAGGAUCUGACAAGACACCAUGAUGAGCUCUGAUUCCCAGGUCUGCUCAGACUUUUGAGCCCCAUGACCACAUAUGGGGACAACAGAGGGGCCCCUGCAGCCAGCCCCCCCCUUCAGGACACAGACUCAGCUCUGAUGUUCCUGGUUCUUGGGCCCUCAAUCACCUCUCCCUGAGACCCCUGUCACGAACCCUGGGGCCCCCAACGUACCCAGGACACUCAGGCACUCAAAGAUUAAUGACAACCACUGAUACCAUCCCCCAGCACGGACCCGGGGGCCACACCCUGACUGAACUCCACCCAAUCUGAACUUCAACAACAGUAGCUAACCUGUCCUGCCUAGGAGCAAUAAAAGCUGUUGCUGGGGUC